CUCCUCCUCCUCCUGCUCCUCUCUAGCCUCACUCCGUGUCUCUCUCCAUCAGCAGCGGGUCUGGAUGCUUGCAGGGACGGAAACAUGGCUGUGAAUCUCGGCAAGAACAGACUGGACCUGCUGACCGCCUACCAGGACGUCAUCGACGAGACCUCGGACACCAACUGGGCCUUGUACACAUAUGAGGACGACAGCAAUGAUUUGAAACUGGCAUCAUCGGGUGGAGGCGGCCUGGCAGAGAUCACGCUGACCUUUGACGCCGCCCGGGUGAUGUACGGCUUCUGCAGCCUGAAGGAGCCCACCGCCACGCUGCCACGAUACAUCCUCAUCAACUGGGUCGGGGAAGACGUGCCGGAUGCCAGGAAGUGUGCCUGUGCCAGCCACGUGGCAUCAAUCGCAGACUUCUUACAGGUCAGACCGACCAUGGGGGUGGAGGUCACCGUCAACGCCAGCAGUCUGGACGACAUCGACCCGUCAGCCAUCGGGCAGCGGCUGACCAACGGGACGGUGGCGGUGGCGAGUCCGGUGCUGAGCCGCCUGAGAACCCGGGAGGAGGAGCACGCCGACGUGGGAACCGUGUACGAGAAGACCAACGCAGAGGUGGAGAUGAAGAAAAUCAAUAGAGAGGAGUUUUGGGAGCAGGCCAAGCGCGAAGAGGAAGUGAGGAAGGAGGAGGAGAAGAAGAAGGCGGCGGAGGAGCGGCAGCGCUUCGAGGAGGAGCGGAUGGAGCUGGAGAGGAAGGAGCAGGAGAGCCGGGAGCAGAGGUACCGCGACCGGGAGCGGCAGAUCGAGGAGCACAGGAAGAAGCUGCUGGAGGAGGAAGAGGCCAAAGAGCGGUUGCGGAGCCAGACCACCAUGGCGGCAGAGGCGAGCAUCGACGACCUGAACCUGGACAAGAAAGAGACUGAGGUGGACGAGGCGAAGGCCAUCAUCGCCCAGCGGUCCGGAAACCCUCGAGAGUUCUUCAAGCUGAAGGAGAGAGCCAUGACCAUCAGCGUCGACACCUCGCCCGUCUCCGUCCACAGGACCGGCCGCUUGGACAGCCCGUUCUUGAAGCAGCAGCACAGUCCCAGCGGCCCCAGUCCGACUCACCCGCCCCGGGGCCCGUCGCCCCUCCGCACCCCGCCACACGCACGGACGCAGCCCGCCGCUGCAGCCGGGGACGAUGAUGGCGAUGACGACGGUGAAGCAAGCACAGAGCGCAACAUGGCCGCCGUGUCGCCCGUUCCGAAAUUAGUCACCCCGUCCAUCAAAGAGGACCUGUGCCUGGAGGAGGAGGAGGAGGAGGAGGACCGCAGAGACGAGUGGGAUUCGGCGCCCAAAGCGGAACCGCAGAAGCCGCCGGUGCCGGAGUCGGCCCCCACCAAGCCGGUGCAGAGCGUGGCCCCGCAGGCCCGCGACUCCUCCGGCUUCUCCGUGUUGGAGUCCGGCCAGGACAGCCUGGUCGACCUGUGGGACACGAGCGCCGACCCUCCCCCCGACCGCUCCCAGACCUCCCGGUCCUCCCAGUCCUCCAAUCUGGUGGACCUGAUGGGGGACGUCGGCGUUCCACCCGGCGCCGCCAAACCUCAGCCCCUCCUCAGCUUCGACGACAUGGUGGACGGCACCUUCUGCGCGGCCACCGCCGCCGCCGCCGCCGAAGACGACCCCGCCAGCCUCGUGGACGUGAUGGACUCUGACCAGAUGACCCUGAGCUACCAGCAUGCACUGCAGCACGCAUCCGGGGACAAGAAGGAGCUGGAGGACGGACAGCGGCUGAUGACCAAUGGGGAGACGCUGCUGAAAGAAGGGACCCAGGCGAGUGAGGGCUACUUCAGCCAAUCCCAGGAGGAAGAAUUCGGCCAAUCAGAGGAGUCCUCAGCUAAACCUGCGCCUGUCUUUUAUAACAAGCCACCUGAGAUUGACAUUACAUGCUGGGACACGGACCCCGUGGUCGAUGACGACGACGACUGACUAACCAGCCAAUCAGACGCCGCCGCCGCCGCCGCCGGACCAGGAGGAAGGAGGAAGUAGGAAGUGCGCUUCAUGAAGAAACUGAAUUUUUUUUUUUUUGUCUCCCUUUUUUUCUAAAAAACUAAAACAAGCAAAAAAAUGUAACAAUAAUAACGAAUCUUGCAUCAAAAGUACUUCUGUGUUAUCUUUUAGAGGAAAACAAAACAGUAGCCAAAAGAGAAAAAAAGAAAGGGUUUAAGUUAUCGUUAAAGAUGGUUUGAAGGGUCACGGUUAUGGGCUUUUUCCUGUGUUUGUUAUUUUAUUUAUUUCUUUUUUCUUUGCUAUGCACAUGUAAUAGUUUUUAUUUUGUGUAAAUGAUUAAUUACACAUUACCGUAGCGCACUGCUGCAUAUUAGCGACGUUGAAGCUCAGUGUGUGACAGGCAGCCGACACGCGUAGUCUGUAGUGCUUUAAUAACACCCCAUUAAACUAACGCAGUGGGUCAUUACAGCUGUUACUUAUAUCUUCACUUCAUUCUUCUCUCACCUGUUUCUCACCUCCCUCCUCCUCCAUGCUGCCUUCCUCAUACAAAUAUCCAGAAAUUGUCACCUGUGCAAGUCAGUUAAUCUUGUGUUUAGCCCUCACUUUAUUGGAAAAGGGUGAAACAUUUUAUUUAUUGUGGUGUGUGAACAGCCGAUGGGACCCUGAAGAAAUCUAUUCAGCCGAACGGCGGCUCCGCUUCAUCCUUUUUUUUUCGCGCUCCUUUUGUAUGAUUUAAAGACUGAAUUCAAGAUUAAAUGGCUUGUAAAUCUGGUUGCUUUUUUCAGUGCACUUAUAUUUCUGUUUCUUCCUCCUUGUAGAUCAAACCCUCCGCUCCGCUUCUAUAGAACGAAUCAUUUUCAUCCCACUUAUAUAUUUACACAGCAAAAGAAAGAAAGCUCUCCAUCCAAUCUAGAUGAAUAUACUGUAGAUAUUUUUCCUGUACUUUUGUAGGAGAGUUUGGCUUUAAUAUAACGAACAUGAAGCCACGUUUAGCGCGUUAAUCUUGUAUGAAACUUUCUUCCAAGGCUUAAAAUAAGACAUUUUCACCAGGCCCUUCGUAAGGUGGCCAUUUUUGGACUAUAAUGAGCACAGCUCCUGUUCACACUCGGGGGGGGGUUUGGGAGACGGGAAACCCGGCGUUUUCCUUAUUCUUCAAAAAAAAUGUGUUUGUGUCAUUUUCUGGCGUUAUUGUUCCGCUGGGAUGAAAACAGCUGGAAGCAAACUUGGGGCCAGAGGGGAUUUACAAAUAAAACUGAACCUGUCAAACUUC